ACUGAUUGAUGUAAAUGCAGUUUUAUUCAGAAAUUUAGCCAAGCGUCCUUUAAAAUAGUAUGUCCCCUAAAACACGGCAAAUUAUUCACCAUGGAUCAAAAAAUUAUGUACGCUUUCAGGGGAUGGAUAGCUUUCGUUGCCUUCAUGGAUAUUGGUGUUGCAAUUAGAUCUUUUAUUGAAAGCAAAUGCAUAUUUGGUGAAUAUUCUUUCAGGAAAACAGACGGUCUUGUUGAGCAGAAUGAUCCAACACUUCCAAGAGUUUUGGGAAUGUACUCCAUUCUUAAAGCGAUAGCCCUUAUACACUGUACAGUAUUCAUUCAUUAUUUACCAAUCAUCAGCAUGGGAAUAUGUGCAAUAGUAUCAAGCAUUAUCAUGUAUUUAAUGGAAGCCUUGUAUUUCAAGUCAGCUGCCUUGAAUUUCUACAUUGUAUUUCCAUGUGUUCUUAAUUGUUUGACUUUGUUUGGAUUAAUUUUGGUACCGAAAAAGUUCUUAAAUGCUCCUACUGUAGCUGAAGAUGAGAAUGCUGAAUUAUUGAAACAAGUUUCAGCAUUCAAAAAAAGAAAGCCUAAAAAAAUUAGUUAAUUAGGGAAAGUUGUUUUCCAUUAUUGGAUUUACCAUUUUCUUAAUUUACAUCACUGGUUGAAAACUAAACUUCGUUUUAUAAAUUGUUUAAUAUUGAAAUAACUGACGGUUGUAAGUUGUGUAUUUGUGAAGUUCUCUGUCGGAGAUUUAAUUAUGGUUUUUAAUACCCUUAAAUUUGAUCAUUUACAAGUGAUGCUCUGGUUAUUCAGUGAAGAACAAUACCAUUUUAUGCUGGGUAUAUAACUAAAGAUUUAAUAUGCUUCUGUUUGAUAUACAUUUUAUUUGUAUAAAAUGAUCAAUAGUUACGAUAUUAGGGUGCUGCUUGCUAGACAAUUUUUUAAUUUUUAAUGUAAUGAUGCAUUUUCUCUUCAGAUUGGUUAUAAUGGGGUUUGUUUGCUUCUACUAGGUUUAGUUAUUUUAAACUUAAUAUAAAUGAAAAAAUGGUAAACUAAGGCCUACAUUUAGAAUUUAUUCUAACUAAUACAUCAUUUAGCUUUACAUAUACUCAUAUACAUUUUUGAACAUAAAACUGAAAGCUAAUCAAAUAAUAAUAAUUAGCAUCAUCAAUACCAAUUAGAUAUUUCAACUAGUUGAAAUUGAAGAAAUUUUGCCUUGAAAUAAUAGCAGAGUACAAAAAUUAUAUUAGUACAUUUUUCACUAAUUUUCACCAAGUUCUGGCACCAAAUAAACUGUUGGUUUAUGAUAGAGUAGAGAUUCUAGUUUUCUAGCCUAGUUUGGAAGGAUAUAGAGUCAAUAUAAAACAUGCUUGUAUAUUUAUUUUGAAGCAUCUUAAAAAAUACUUGAUAUUCACUCAUUGUUAAGAAAAUAUGAUAUGGUAUCUUAUGAUUAUCUUAAAUGGUUUAGCUUUGGUUAUUAAAUCAUCAAAAGCAUAAUUCUAAAAAUUAUAAAUAUAAAAUUUUCCAAU